GGCGUGAAGGGCUGCAGACGAUGGGGCGAUACAGGGAGGAUGCUGGGCGGUUGUUGGGAGCACGUCAGUCGCUUGUACUUCGAUCUUAGCUGCGUGGCGUCUGCAGCAGAGCGGCGCUGGGGCUGGCGUCUGCCUUCACUCCGCCGCCGGCGCCCGGCCCAGCACGUGCGACAACCGCUGCUGCGACAGGCGAGGCUACUCUCCCGGCACGCUCGCUGCCCCUCCCGGCACGUUUGAUCUCGAGACUAAUCAACCUUCCUUCCUUCACCCAUCCCCCUUUUUCCCACCCUCCCUCCACCCCCCGACACGCACCACCUGGAUCCCCCUUCCCCCCUCCUCGUUUGUCGUCACGCGGGCAACGAGGUCUGGUGUCCAGGCGGGAGGCACGAGGCGAGUCUGGCACCAGCUCUGACGCUGCCCGUCACCAGACUCGGUGGCUGAAGAUGCGAAGUUAAUCGCAGAGCCCGGGAGAAUGAAUUGACAACAACAUUCCCCACUCUGCCCAUCACUCUCGGGUAGGGGUUGUUACAGGGGUGGGGGGAUGAUGGCGGGAGCGUGGUGCUGCAAGUGAAAGCUGCUGGCUUGAUGGCACCGCGAUUUCGUGCAUCAGCGAGCCAACGAUACUCGCCAGCUCACGUCUGCGGGUGGCCGGGUAGUCGGGUGGGAGGAGCCUGCCAUGUUCGGGGGAAAAAAAUACAAAAGCAGCAAACGUCAUGUGGUCCAGCGUCAUCCUGUACCUGACGUCGCCAGCCAUUGAUUUUGCACACCGCCACUCGGGUGCACGUGAGAUGCUGGCUGCAACAACUGUGUUCACCCUGCUUCCUCACAUCGCACACAGGCUCACUUUCAGUCACUUUCCCUGAUGACGACACCAUUGAUGUAAGUACAGAGGGCCGUCUCGAGGCACAAGUGUCAGAGGACAACAUCAGCGACGUGACCCCGGGAUGGAGGUGACACGACAUGAUGGCUGUGUGGCCGUGUGUUCUGCCCUCCAACACCCGACAUCUUUCAAUAUGUUCGCUUUACGGCGGGACUGAGCGAGGAACUUUUCACCUUGAAGUCAGGGUACAUCAGGGUACAUCACUUGUCCAGGAUAGCUGAGAGCUGACCCAGCUAGCCACUAAGGGCAGCACGCAGGUGUAGGUGACUACAAGGUGUGAAGCAGUGAAAGUCUCCAGAAGCCGAGGCUGUGGCGAGCCGGCAAGUGUUACCAAGCAACGGAAACAAAUGUCCAGGUUCUGGACAGCUCCCGGGUAGAGGAGGCUGAGUACACAGAACCCUGCAGCUGCCACUAGAAGUGAGGAGAGCAGUGUAGGAGGGUCUGACAACCCCGUGCUGAGGACAGUGAGACAACAAACAAACAAGGACAGCAUUGUACACCUUUACUCACAGCAGCCCAUCCACCCUUUGGCGGGAGCCGCGUUGCCGUGGAGACAGAGGGACAAGAAAUCAUCCAGGGCGACUGCUCAUGCCGCCAUUUGUCACAAGGAAUAUUUGGAAAAAGUGCGAGAGGCUGGAAGGAAUGGCAGCACGAUGGUCACAGUAAAACAAGUCAACAAGUGUGUUGAGAAAAUGUCUCGUUGCAAGGAGCUGACAGUGUGGCCAUUGCUUCUGUUGGUCCUCAGCGGCAUCGGAUACCACUCUGUCACUCCGGAGUUUGUGGCACCGGGGGUCUCCUAUGAAAUGCCGGACGGUCCCUCCCCCACGAUGGCUGCCUCCGUGCAACCCAAGUAUUCUAUCAGCCUGGAGGCCUCCAAGACAGUCUGCUGCAGGGGGACGCUGGGAUACGCCUCGGGGGACUACUUGUUGCCAUAUCCUUGCGCCAGCAGUCGCUGUUGCAACGACUCGGAGACUGUGGCAGUGAUACCAGUGGACAUCGCCCUCGGUUUUAAGUUUGUCUGCAUGCCCAGGACUGGGGUGCGAACCCUGUGCUACCAGGCCGGCUCGGAGGUGUGCACGAGCAACCAGGAUCCUGAUCACGUGCCCCGCACGUGCUGCAGCGGCGCUCGCUUCUCCGUGCUGCUGAACCGCUGGUACGCCGCCAUGAUCAUCAGGUGCGUGGAGGGUGUCCACGACAGCCGGUGACGUCAUGCUACACCUGACCACACCUUGUCAGCCUCCAGGGGCCAGUCGCACCUGCCUGCUGGAGGACUGCCAGCUCAGGCCUUGACGGAAACUUGAGUGGUUUGAGAUGUUUUGCCACAAGUGGUUUGUUUUGGAUGGGUGUCCAUGUCUGCUAUCCUAACCGUCCUGCAUGACCGCACACACACACACAGCACUCGUUCAUUGGCAGGUGAUUCUGUCACUUUGCUGUCAUCGUCGCAGGUCACAACACAACGCACGGAAACAAAAUCAGAUCCCACAGCUUCCGACUGGACUUGGAGGAAUGGUUGAGACAGUGCCAAGUGAUGUGCCAACACCAAUGACCUUUGACACCAACUACAUCUUCUGCACAGUGAGUUAGGAGACGGUGGGUGGCACUGUCAUGAUAAACACACAGGAUGUCAACAAGCUGCUGUGUAGUUUAUUUACAGCCUGCACUGUACUGACAACACUGCACAGUACUGUCAGCCUGUACUACUCGACAACCUGAUUGUUGUACUGGAUUGUCUGUGACAGCAGGCACUUGCUUGACAACCUGAUUGUUGUACUGGAUUGUCUGUGACAGCAGGCACUUGCUUGACAGCCUGCAUUAGGACAAUCUGUAGAGUGUUGUCUACUGGCGGUCUGCUCUAUAUUACAUCAUCACUAGAUAGCAUCACUAUAUUCCAACAUCACUAUAUUGACAAUCUGUAGAGUGUUGUCUACUGGCGGUCUGCUCUACAUUACAUCAUCACUAUACUACAUGACUAUAUUGACAAUCUGUAGACUGUUGUCUACUGGCGGUCUACUCUAUAUUACAUCAUCACUAGAUAGCAUCACUAUAUUCCAACAUCACUAUAUUGACAAUCUGUAGAGUGUUGUCUACUGGCGGUCUGCUCUACAUUACAUCACUAUACUACAUCACUAUAUUCCAACAUCACUAUAUUCCAACAUCACUAUAUUAGUCUCUAGUCCUGUCCCGUGAUGACAGACUGAUGCAGUGGUCAGGAAGACAUGGGAGGACAUUCACAAGGAUCUGAGCAAACACUAUAUUACAUCACUAUAUUCCAACAUCACCAUAUUCCAACAUCACUAUAUUCCAACAUCACCAUAUUCCAACAUCACCAUAUUCCAACAUCACUAUAUUCCAACAUCACUAUAUUCCAACAUCACCAUAUUCCAACAUCACUAUAUUCCAACACUAUAUUGCACUGCGCCUUACACACACAAGACCGUUAAUGGAAACAAACUGUGAGCAUCGAAGCUUCAGUGUUCUCCUCGUGAAACAGGUGAAACACAAACACACCUGUAACGUUCGGUGCUGGCGGCCCUGUGCACCUGCAGCAGCAACAAGGAAUACAGUGACGUCACACUGAGUGCAGGUGACAGAGCAGACAGAUGUAGUGAUGAACUGAUAGUACGACACAAACACAACCUCGUGUGGUGUCAUUAUCUCUACUUCUACAGCAGUGUGGUUUGACCGUCGCUCAUUUCAUCGCAUCUAUCAUCGUCAACGAUGUUUCUAGAACCUGCUUUGCGCGCAUGUGUUGUAUGUGAGGUUACAACUGUACAAUAAACAACAAGUAUUUGCUCUGUGGACUUGGACACACGUUGGUAGUCAACAGAAGGGGUUAAUGGCAGCCACUUGCUGCCACACAGAUGUCCCAGUACCUACAUCGUCAUCGUGAGUCACGUGGUCCCUGUACUAACAUAGUUCAUACAGACAUACAGCAUGGAACGUUCCUUUCUCUCAGACAACGCAUUGUAGCAAAACUGAUUCCUUGAUGCAGACCGCUUAUAGAGCCAUGGGGAGACAACACACAUCAUAUUGUAGUCUUGUCUGUGAGUGUCAGGUGUGUCGGUGAUGUGUGUAUGUGUGCGUGAGUGCGUGUCAGCAGUAGGUUUAGUGUGUUUGUGUGUGUGAGUGCGUGUCAGCAGUAGGUUUAGAGUGUAUGUGUGCGUGUGAGCGUGUUCGCAGUAGGUUUAGUGUGUUUGUGUGUGUGAGUGCGUGUCAGCAGUAGGUUUAGUGUGUUUGUGUCUCUUUACGCCCGUUUGUACCUCGCCGUUACACGGAAAGAAGUCGCCAGCCAACAGGAUGCCCUGGAGGUGCAGGAUACCCUGGAGGUGCAGGAUGCCCUGGUGCUUCUUGGGAAUGGUUAGCAGGUGACCCACCCUGACAUCAGCACUUGCGGGAAGUUUUUCCAGAUCGCUCGGUUUUGGUAGAGUUAGGUAAUGGUAGUUUGUGAAGUACACCAAGUAAUUGCUUUUGUCGGUGGUAGUCGUGGUGAUGAGGAUGAAGACGAAAACCUUUUUUCAUACUUUGCACUUUUUUUUCUUUCAUUAUUUUUCUGACACGAGUCUGUGAAUGCAAGGUGGGUGAAAAUUUGAUCUAAACAUUAAUUUUAUUAACAAAUUACUGAGUGUCGUUAUUUUCUUUAUUCCGUUUCGCUAUGUGUGUGUUAACUGAAUAAAGAAAUCUGUUGGCUAA